AUGUCUGGUUCUCCUGUGUCAGUAUCCUCAUAAGAAGAAUAUAUGGUUGAGGCUAUAACAAAUAAACGAAUUAAGAAUGGAAGAACUGAAUAUGAAGUAAAAUGGUAGGGAUAUUCUGAUAAUGAGAAAACUUGGGAACCAAUAGAAAAUUUACAAUCUGUUAUGACUUAUGUACUUGAUUUUGAAUAAUCAUUAAAAUUAAAAUAACCUUAAGAAGUUGGAGAAGGAAAUUAUGAUGAUGGUGAUUCUGCAGAUGAAAUUUUAUAAAUUAGAAAAGAUAACGAUGGUUAAAACCUCUUAUUUUAAGUGUCUUGGAAAUAAAAGAAUAAUCGUGCACCAAAAGUAUCAUGGAUAAAUUAAAACACACUUAAAAUGCACAAUCCUGAAAUAUUAAUUGAUUAUCUAUUAAAGAAAAUCAAAUGGCCAAAUAAUAAAUGA